AUGGACAAAACCUUCUUCAAACUUCAGAGCCAGCUUGAGCCGAUGACCAUCGAGGCAUCGAUCACGACACUCGCCAUCUCCAGUGGCAGCGACAGCCUCCUGGAGUGCAAGCAGAAGGAAGCCGAGGCGGAGCUAGCGCUCCUUCAGUGUUGGGGGGGCGAGGAUCCGAUGGAGCUGGAGGCACUGCAGGGAGACAAAAAACAGACGGACGACAAGGACCACCCGCCAUUGAUGGAACCACGGAAGUUUCAACGCCGAGAGACCAAAGGAGGCAACCAGCGACUCGACUUCAUCCUCUUCUUCAAGAAAGCAUCCAAAGUGAGCCUCCUGCCCAUGUUCAUUCGCAAGUCGGAACAUUGGCGCGACUUGAAGAAUCAGAAACAGGUAUUCCUCCCGCCUGUGGAAGGGGAAGCCCUGCUGCAGAUACCCUAUCUGGUCUUCAACUCGGAAGGUUCAAUGCCACUGGGAGGGGUGCCCGACGGCGCUAUGUCAAGGUCUAUCGCAGACCAGAAUGGGUACGAGGUUUGGAGGACACUGACAAUGCAAAUGCAACCAUCAAGUCGUCAGCGCCAAUCGGCGCUGGUGGCUCAACUUUCCACGGUCUGCUUCGACACUGCCAAGAUGCUCUCCGAGAAGGUGACGCACUACGAGGAGAUUAUCGCCGAGUACCAGCGGAUCUCCUCCUUGAAGUUCUCCGAGGACCUCAGAAUAACGACGCUUGCGCAGGCAGCUCCUUCUGCCCUUCAAGUGCAACUUCACAUGAGCCUCAACUCGGAGACCGCCUACGCGAAGCUUCGGGAGCAAAUUUUGGCAUAUGAGAGAUCAGCAACGCGCUGGCAAGUGAGCUCUACCUUGACUUUGCCGACUACGACCACUUCUGCCCAAGGACAACCCAGCGACACCAGCGGUCCCAUGGACGUGGACCGCGUGGAGAAGAAAGGGAAGGGCAAGAAGGGCAAAGACAAGAGGUGCAAAGGAGACCCGAAAGGCAAAGUAAAUGGAAAAGGAGGAGGCAAAGGCGAUGCCACCGCCAAGCCCAAAGCGAAACCCAAGGCGGAGUGCUGGCACUGUGGGAAAACCGGGCCGUGCGCUCGAGAUUGCCGAUCAAACGCCAAAGGGAAAGGCAACGGGAAGGUGCAGCAGGUGGCCCAGACCGAGGACCGUCCUUGCCACCUUCUUCGGCAAGCUCCACCUCGACCUCUGGCACAGUUGUACGAGCAGUUCGGUGAGUCCGCAUGCCACGACCCCAGCAACGAGAACAGGGAGCCCAGCGCCCAGAGCAUCCUGGACACUGGCGUGGACGCUUCUAUGGCUUUGGAGAGCAUGCGAGAAAUGGGUGCCGCCGUUGGCCGCAACACUUCGCUUCCCCGGCUUAUGCGACGCCCAGACGCCCAGGGCAACGCCAUCCCGACCCACUCGCCGAUAUGA